GACUCAAACCGGCGUCGUUGUUGGCAAAAAAGUACAUAUGUCUGCCUAACGAUCUUGUGAUCAUCGUUUUCUACGUUCUUACUUUGUACAUUGCAAUUAGUAAUAGAACGAGAGUUCAUUAAUGUGAUAAAUAAUUGCGAAGGUGCUCGAAUAAAUAAAUUGUGUUAGACGAUGUCGAGCAACGUGGAAAAACGUAAACUUUCCGAGCUCGGGGUGGUCGAUUUACGCAGCGAGCUAGAGAAACGGGAUCUCGAUAAGACCGGACUUAAGCAAGUGUUAGUGGAACGUUUGCAGAAGGCUCUGCAAGAUGCCGGAGAAGAUCCAGCGGUGUUCGAAUUUCAAGUAGAGAAAAAGUUGACGAAACGUCCGUCGACCACAUCAGCCGAUUCAGAGGUUGCGAAGGAUAAGACCGAAGAAAACGGACCAGAUAACGUCAAGGUUAACAAUACAAAGGAUCAGGAAAAGGAGGAGACCAAGGAGAAGAAAGAGAAUUCGCCGAAGAAAGAGGGUGAGAAAAAGAUGCCGGAUUCCAACGAGGAAGCUCCUGCCGAGUCGGACAAUCUUAUUCAAUUAACAUUAGAUGAGCAAGAAGAAAAUUUUCAGGACGAGGAGGAGGUCGAUAGUACGGGUAAAACUGACACGGAGUCCGAUAAACCACGCAAGGAAGAUGCCAAGAAUACAAGCACGAACGCGGAUACCACUAAGGAGCAUGAGGAUAUCGCCGAGAAGACUGAAGCUAAAACGCACGAAGGAAAUUCCUCUUCGGCCGGAGUUAGCAAAUCGUCCUCAAGCUCAUCAUCAAGGACCCACAGACAAAACCGGAAUUUGUGGAUUACGAAUAUAACGCAAACGACAAAGGCGACGGAAUUGAAACAGGUGCUAUCCGCCCACGGGAAGGUCAUCGGUGCGAAGGUCGUCAUUAACGCUAAAUACCCCGGAGCGUGCUGCUACGGUUACGUGACUAUGGACACCAUCGAAGAUGCGGACAACUGCAUUGCCAAACUCAACAAUACCGAGCUGAAUGGGAAAAUCAUUCGCAUCGAAAAGGUGCGACCCGACCAUAUGAACAUGGCAAAGCUCGAUGCGAAAAAGAUGAAAACCGAAGAAUCUACAAAUGAGAAGGACAAGGAUGCAUCGCACCGAUCCAAAUCAAAAGAUCAUAAAGAAGAAGAUAAAAAGAAGGAUUUGGAUAAAGAAAAGGAUAAGAAGGAGGAUAAAGAUGGCGACAGUGGUGAGGCUAAACGAGACACCAAGCGGAAAUCUCGCGAUCGCAGUCGUGGCGCGCGAAACGAGCGGGGGCCAAGUCGUAGCAGAUCACGUCCAAACCGUGAAAUUUUGACAUUUGACAAAAUUAAGGAAGAACGUGAGCGGCAGCGUUUCAGAGAACGCGAACGCAUGUUGAGGGAGGAAAGUAGACGUCGUCGUGAGGAAGCCGCCCGCCAACGUGACGUUGACAGAAUCCAGCGCUCCGAGGCGGCGCGCUUGGAUCGCGAGAGAGAGAAGCUAAGAUUCGAAAGGGAGAAGUUGGAAAGAGAGAAGGCGGAAAUUAUUCGACUUGAACGCGAACGCCAGAAGGUGGAGCGGGAGAAGUUGGAGUUGGAAAAGUUACAGCUGCAAAGGGUCAAGAUGCGAUUGCAAGAGGAAGAGCUGCGCCCGGUUAAACGUCCCGCACCGUUCCGUCGCGAAGGCUCGUACGAAGAUCGAAAACGUGCCAGUACCACCAGCAAACGCUACGACGAGCCGUCGGGAAUGCGCUAUCAGUCGCCAAGCGUCAAAGUGCAGGCGGUGUCUUCCAAAAAAUUUACACCCCCUUCAAAGGACUACAAAUCUUCGAGAGUGUACGAUAAACGCGACUCGUAUUCAAAAAGCGAUCGGGAUUACGAAUCGAAGCAUUCUCAGUCUGCACUGUCCAGGGAAGCUCCUACCAGCAUAACAAAGUAUGAAGGAAGUUCCGUUUUCAAUAUUAGUCAUGAAAGGGAUGCGCGUACGGGUGCAUCUGCUAUAGCAGCCCCAAGGAUCGCCAAGGAUUCGCGGUAUGUCGAGCGUGAACGGGAUCGCAGCCCCCACUAUCGCCGCUCCAUUCCUGAACACAAAAGCGAAGUACGACCAACCCACGAGCGUUCCUAUGAGGCAGUGAAAGAACGCGAGCGUAACAGCAGCGGUAGCGGUUGGGGGCACCCCAAUCCAACACCCAGUAAACAAUUUAGCACCAACAGCAUGCCCUUUAAAACUUGGAGUAGUAAAGACUCUUGGAGACCCGAUGUUUCUAAUAAUGGCGAUCGAUGGAACUCCGGAAGUGUCCCACGUGGCGAGCCAGCCUGUCCUGCUCCUCCUAGUAUGGAGAAUUAUACUCGAGGACGAUUUGAGUAUAAACCCAUGAGAAGUAUUAGAAAAUAUUAAGUGUAUGUCAAUGCUGAAAAUGUUCUCAGAUUUAUUCUUAUGUAGAUUACUUUUGACCAAAAAAUGUUUUGUUUGUUUUAUAAUAUUAACGAUUGCAAGUCUGGGCUAUAUGUAUUAUAAGUGUAUACUAAUGAACCCCUUCAUUAGGAUAAAUAAAAACAGUUUUGUGGUUUCCUGUG